GACACAGACAGACAGACAGACAGACAGACAGACAGACAGACAGACAGACAGACAGACAGACAGACAGACAGACAGACAGACAGACAGACAGACAUGCUGCUGUCCCUGUUUACGCUGCUCAGCGUCUCCGCUCUGGUCCGGUGUUCAGUGUUCCUGCAGAGGCCGGCAGCGGCUCGCCUCCUCAGUCCCUCCUCCAGGAGGCGGAGAGCGAACUCCUUCCUGGAGGAGAUCCUCCCUGGCGACCUGGAGAGGGAGUGUCAGGAGGAGGUCUGUUCUCAGGAGGAGGCAGCCGAGAUCUUCCAGACCACGGAGAAGACGCUGGAGUUCUGGUACAAAUACAUCAAUCUGAACCCUUGCCGGACUAACCCCUGUCUGAAUGGAGGGAUGUGCACUCUGGACAGAGGAGACUUCCUGUGUCUCUGUUCCCCACAGUACCACGGCCGGACCUGUGACUCAGUGGUGUCUGAGUGUCGCUAUAGAAACGGCGGCUGUACGCAGCUCUGCAGAGAUAUGCCGGGUGGAGCGGGGGUUCAGUGUGGCUGCGCAGAUGGGUUCAAACUGGACCCGGACAACAAGGGCUGCUCCAAGUCCGUGUUGUUCCCGUGCGGUCGUCAGCACAGAGACCUGCUUCCGUACGGAGGACGCUCUCUGUGGACGGACUCACUGGAUGUGAACCUGACCUCACAGGCAGCGAACCUGACCUCACAGGCAGCGAACCUGACCUCACAGGAAUUGAACCUCAGCGACAUGUUGGACACCGACAGCUGGGCUCUGAAUCUUAACUUUACAGAGAUAGAUCUGAGGACAGUGAACACAUCGUCUGAAGGGGGUAACGAGACAGGUAUCAUUGGGGGGGUUCUGGAGAAACUGGGAGGCAGUCCCUGGCAGGUGCUGCUCCACAGGUCCGACGGUUACGGUUUCUGUGGAGGGACUCUGCUCUCUGACCGGUGGGUGGUCUCUGCUGCACACUGCCUCGAGGAGAGUGUGCACCAUGUCACCAUAGGUGAUUAUGAUAAGCGGCGUCCAGACCCCGGGGAGCAGCAGAUGAAGGUCCAGAGGGUUUUUGUCCACCCUCACUUCCACUCCUUCACCCUCGACAGCGACAUUGCUCUGCUGCUCCUCUCAGGGCCAGUGACCCGGGGGCCCACUGCGGCCCCCGCCUGCCUGCCAGACCCCCACCUGUCCAGAUACCUGCUGCAGGAGAACUCCCGAGGCGUGGUCUCUGGUUGGGGUCUGACUCGUCACCUGGGCCGGUCGUCACGCUUCCUGAGGAAGGUGACACUACCCGUCAUUGAACAGCAGACCUGCAGCGGCUCGACCAAUCAGGUGAUCACGGACAACAUGUUCUGCGCCGGGUUCCUGGAUGUGGAGAUGGACGCCUGCGGGGGAGACAGCGGGGGUCCAUUCGUGGUGAACUAUAGGGGGACCUGGUUCCUGACGGGGGUGGUGAGCUGGGGGGAGGGCUGUGCGGCCCGGGGGAGGUAUGGCGUCUACACACGUAUCGGGAACUUCCUCAACUGGAUUAAAGACACUAUGCAGAGAGAGGACCUCAGCGAGGGCCGGGACUAACGGACCAGAACCAGAUUUACUGACGGACCAGAACACGAAGCAGGUUUACUGACGGACCAGAAGCAGGUUAUCUCACAGAAACGAACCAGGUUUAUGGCAGAAUAGAACCAGAACCAGAACCAGGUCUGUCUUUAGAGCUGUUUGACAUCAGGGCUCCCACGUGCUGUGAUCUGAUUGGCUGUGUGCUACAGCUGACUCACAAAGGGCCAAAGAAGGUCACAACUUUUUAAACUUUUAAAUGAAAGUGAAGUUUCAGUGAAGCUGUUUCAGUGAAGCUGUUUCAGUGAAGCUGUUUCAGUGAAGCUGUUUCAUUAAAGCUGUUUCAGUGAAGCUGUUUCAGUGAAGCUGU